CUGGCAUUACAUAAUACCAGCUGCAAGAACCAAACAGAAGCAGGUUAUAGGCAGGCCAAAAAGAAAAAGGGGAGAAAGAGAACAACUUGCCGGCGGCUUCAACUGACGUGUUCACAAGUCGUUCAACUCGAUCGAGAGAGAGCGAGAGAGAGAAAGAGAGAGCACUCUCAAGCAGUGGCUGCAGAGCGCCACGAGCCCAGGUGAGCACUCGAGAGUCAUCAGAGUUAGAGUCGGAGCAGGCCGCGUGGCUAUAGCAACCAAACACUUCUGUUGACUUCAGCGAAAAGUCGCGAGUUUGCUCUUGCUCUUUUCUUUGGUGCCAGUCGAUAGCGAGCAACGACAGAGAAGGGUCAAGGUUUUGUUGUCAUCGUUGUGCAAAAAAGAAUUGUGUAAAAAGCAACAAUGAUUAAGUUGUUGCUAACAAUGCUGCUGGCAGCUUUGCUGGCGCGGCACACACGGGCCAUAUCGUGCGGCGGCUGCGUGGAUUUGGAUGAAAUGAACUUUGACAAGACCAUCGUGCGCUUUCCCUAUGCACUGGUGAAACUCGAUAUUGCUUUUCCGUAUGGCGAGAAGCACGAGGCUUUUGCGGAGUUCUCCAAGGCGGCGCAUAAGGUAACGGACGAGUUGCUGGUGGCCACCGUUGGCAUCAAAGACUAUGGCGAGCUGGAAAACAAGGCGCUGGGCGAACGCUACAAAGUGGACGAAAAACAGUUUCCCGGCAUAUUUCUCUUUAAAGGCAACCUGGACGACUAUAUCCAAUUUCCUGCCCAUCUCGAUGUAACGCUAGACAACCUAAAGUCGUUUGUGAGCAGCAACACGGCGCUCUACAUUGGUCGCGACGGCUGCCUGAAGCAGUUCAACGAUGCGCUCAAGAACUAUGCCAACAAGGAAGAUGCCGAACAGCUGGCAUUGAUUCAAGAGAUGCAGCCCCAGCUACAGCAGCUGAGCAAGCCCGAUGACCAGCAGCAUGCCAAGGUGUAUCUGCUGUAUAUGCAAAAAAUCAAUGAGCAUGGCUAUGGGUUUGUCGAGGAGGAGACCAAGCGCCUACUGCGCCUCAAGGCCGGCAAAGUGACGGCCACUAAAAAGGUGGAGCUGCAGCACAAGCUUAACAUUCUCGAAGCAUUUCGUGUGCACAAGCUGACCAAGACGCGUCCGGAGAAAGCCAAAGCGGAGCUUUGAGCCAAAAGAGUUCAACUAGACAAUUAUUCUGUAAAGCCAACCAAAUUUCAUACUUUUAAACCAUAAAUAAAUAGGCCCACAAUUGUUCAUUAAAACCUAAAUGUUACCAAAAAA